AUGAGGUUUGAGAAUGUCCUUGCUGAUAUUAAUGGAUUUGGAAGAUUUCAGAUAAUGAUCAUUGUAAUCAGCUUCAUUGGACGCUUCACACUGCCCUGCCACUUCAUGCUAAACAACUUCAUAGCAGCGGUUCCCUCUCACCACUGCAACAUCAGCUCGCUAGAUGAUGGAGAUCAUUUCAGGAAUUUAUCGCAAGCAGAGAGGCUUGUUGUUAGUAUUCCAGUCCAGGACGAUGGGACUCUGAGCUCCUGUCAGAUGUUUGCAGAGCCUCAGUAUGAUUUGCUGCUCAACCCCAACAUGACUGACCUGCCCACAGUGCUGUGCCAGAAUGGAUGGGUGUACGAUAACACAACCUUCAAAUCUACUCUGACUUCACAGUGGGACCUGGUGUGUGAUAGAAGAGGAAAAAACAAAGCAACUGCAACCAUCUUCUUCAUUGGAGUGAUGUUUGGAGCUGUGACCUUUGGAAGUUUGAGUGACAAGUUUGGACGAAGGAUCAUGCUGUUGGUGUCCUAUGUGUCUGGAAUGCUGUUUGCCGUUGCAAGUGCUUUUUCUUCAUCCUAUGUGAUGUUUGCAGUGCUGAGGUUCUUCACGGGGUUUUGCAUCACUGGCAUCGUCAUUGUUUCAGCAGUCCUUAGUGUGGAGUGGGUGGACAUUGAGCACAGGAAACUGGUGGGAGUGAUUGAUAGUUUAUCAUGGACAUUUGGGAACACAGGAUUUGCAGCUAUUGCCUACUUUGUUACUGACUGGCGGUGGCUGAUUGUUAGUGUCACAUCACCUCUACUCUUGGCCAUUUUCACCUGGAGGUGGAUGCCAGAAUCAGCUAGGUGGCUCAUCGCCAAUGGAAAGCUGGAGCAAGCCCAGACGUAUUUGAAAAAAUGCGCCACGAUGAACGGAACAGAAGAGUUAAUUCACACACUUAAAACAGAGACACUAUCCACUAUUGUUGUGACAGAGAAAAGAGAUCGGACCUAUUCCUACCUUGAUCUGAUACGAACACCCAAGAUGAGGAAACUGGCCCUGUGUACUGGUGCAUUGUGGUUUUGCGUGGCGACUAUAUUUUAUGGCAUCAGCUUCAACAUCACAGGCUUUGGGCUCAAUAUCUAUCUCACUCAGUUUACCUAUGCUUUAAUUGAGCUCCCAGCCAAAGUAUCAGUUUACUACUUACUGGAUAAGAUUGGCAGGCGACGGACUGAGGUGGGAGCUAUGCUGUUGGCUGCUGUCUGUCUUGGAAUCAACAUUGUGGUACCUACAGAUAUGUCUGUUGUGAGAACAGUGGUAGCAGUCAUUGGAAAAGGGUUUUCUUCAGCAUCCUUUGGGACUGUUGUGCUCUACAGCUCUGAGCUCUAUCCCACUGUAGUGAGGCAGAAUGGUAUGGGCUACAACUCCUUCAUGGCUCGAUUUGGUGUAGCUGUGGCUCCUUUGAUCCUCUUAUUGGAUGAUGUCUGGAAGGAACUGCCGCAAGUUGUCCUGUGCUCUGCAGCUGUAGUCGGGGGAAUAGUGGCAAGAAUGCUGCCAGAGACACGCAACAGGUGCCUGCCAGAGACCAUAGAGGAUAUUGAAGAGCAGUGGUAG